UUUACUAGUAGAAAGCAAUCAAUAGUAAAACAUGGAUCGGCUUGUAAUUCGUGGGGUCCCACGGGGAAGUAUGGUCGAGUUCCAGAACGACCCAAUCUAUGUGAACAACCUGACUGAUGGGAACAGGGUAAUAUUUCCAAACUAAGUAGGAAUGUGAAGAACAAAAGAAGUUGUUGCACAGCACUGAACAAAGGAAUGUGAUUCACCAUUUGCCAACCGAGACUGAAGCUUGCCUACUCCAACGACAAGAAAUACACACGGGAUGUCUCGCCGGUGACCCCGAUGUUAUUCAGCCAUGAAUCUUUCACUCUGUCAUCAGUCCCCUGUUAAGAACCUACACAGGCAAUAUAAGCCAAAGUUGAACGACCCGCGUGGCAGUGGAACUGCAGAAUAAAAGCUGCGCUUGACUCCCGAGAGACAGGUGAUAGUCGCUCUGUCACUGUGGAGAACCAGACUUGGGACGAUCAUGAAACUCCUACUGUGUAUCGCUCUGCUGCUGCUCGCUGCUCAGCUGUCGGAAUCCUUUUGCUCAUCGACUCAACGGACACCACGGGAUGGGUCGAGUUUAUCGGAGCAGCCCUGCAUUGACCCACUCGACGGGUCGUCGUACCCAGUAGGAGAAACAUGGAUAGACGCCGACUGCAUGAGAUGCACCUGCCGUGUUAAUGCUAUUGAAUGCUGUGCGACGUACGUCAAACCACUUGGCUACUCCGAAGAUUGUGAGGCAAAGUUCAAUUGCCGAGAGUGUCGGUUUCGAGUCUACCGGAAGGACAACCCGGCUAUUGAAUGUUACUUCCCCGGAUCUGUUGGAAAAUGAGCUGG